AUGGCUCUCAUCUGCUGUUCCUGUUGCUGCUACCGCUGCUGCUACUGCUGCUGCUGCUGCUACCGCAACUGCUACCGCUGCCACUGCUUCCGCUGCCACCGCUGCUGCUGCUGCCACUGCUACCGCCACCGCCGCUACCACCGCCACCGCCGCUACCACUGCUGCCGCUGCCACUGCUACCGCUGCCACUGCUACCGCUGCUCCCGCUGCCACUGCUACCGCCACCGCCGCUACCACCGCCACCGCCGCUACCACCGCCACCGCCGCUACCACUGCUGCCGCUGCCACUGCUACCGCUGCUCCCGCUGCCACUGCUACCGCUGCUGCCGCCGCUUCCACUGCUACCGCUGCUGCCGCCGCUACCACUGCUACCGCUGCUGCCGCCGCUACCACUGCUACCGCUGCUGCCGCUACCACUGCUACCGCCACCGCCGCUACCACCGCCACCGCCGCUACCACUGCUGCCGCUGCCACUGCUACCGCUGCUCCCGCUGCCACUGCUACCGCUGCUGCCGCCGCUUCCACUGCUACCGCUGCUGCCGCCGCUACCACUGCUACCGCUGCUGCCACCGCUACCUCUGCUGCCGCCGCUACCGCUGCUACCACUGCUGCUCCCUCUGCCACUGCUGCUCCCACUGCUACCGCUGCUGCCGCUACCACUGCUACCGCUGCUGCAGCUACCACUGCUGCCGCUACCACUGCUACCGCUACCACUGCUACCGCUGCUGCCGCUACCACUGCUACCGCUGCUGCCGAUACCACUGCUGCCGCUACCGCUACUACCGCUGCUGCUGCUACCACUGCUGCUGCUACCACUGCUACCGCUGCUGCCGCUGCUGCCGAUACCACUGCUGCCGCUACCGCUACUACCGCUGCUACCACUGCUGCUGCUACCACUGCUACCGCUGCUACCACUGCUGCUGCUACCACUGCUACCACUGCUGCUGCUACCACUGCUGCCACUGCUACUGCUGA